AUUGCCGAGUUGAGCUCCAUGCACUGAACUUUUCCAUUAAAUUCAAUUUCAAGGUGAGUUACGAGCGGCUUUUGAAGUGCAGUCCCAGGCAAAUAUUGUUGCCAAAAUGCUUUCAACUCGUGUAAUUGAAGGUCGGUUGAGUGGAAGGGCUUUUGAAAAUGGUACCUCUGUUUAAAUGAUUCGAUUGUUUCCAAACUGAUUUAUCUUCCUAUUCGUGUUAAAGUGCAAUUUUGGAUGCAAUUUAUACGAAAAUACAAUAAGGCUAAUAAUAAUAUCACGUUAGAUUCCAUUGGAAAUUCGUGCAUUAAAUGUCAAAAAUAUUAAACAAGCCAAUGUGCAAAUACCGAUUUGUUUGAAAUUUGUAUUUGUCAAAAAAUUUCCAUAUGCAGACAGGAUUAUAAAAAAUCCGUUCAGAUCAUAAUCAACUCUAUAUGCAUUUCCCUCGUUUAACAACAAUUUCCGCACACUAUCUACCAUUGAAAUGCAGUUCAAUUUACAUAUUGAGUGAGCAAAAGCGAAAUAAAAACUUUGAACGCUUUCAAAUAUCAACAAACUACAAAGCAACUCGUUGUUUUUAUGCCAUAGAGCAAAACUUUAUCCAUUCGCAUGGCUUUUAUUUUUUCCAACAGUUUUCUACCGAGUUUAACGGCCACUUUCAAACACACACUGUUCGCUGAAUAAAACGAAAAAAUAAAAAGCGCCCAAAAAACUGAAGAGAAAAAAUUCAAGUGCACAUAAUUUGGCCAUCACACAGUGCACAGAUUUUGUGAGGGGGAACAUUUUUGGCAUUCCUGCAGCUCAACUUGCUAAACUAUUUGAAAAUUUUGGUGCAACGCUUUUUUGCGCUCUUUCGACUUCCCACACGAAUAACAAAAAAGUAAAAAAAUAAAUAAAUAAAUUUAUAUAGAAAAAAACAAAAGGAGUGCCGCCUGGCAACCAUGCCCCAUAUUAGAGCGCCAAAAGAAGGCAAAAAAGGGUUGUGAAUAAAUUUCGGCUUGUUGGUUCAAUAAUCUGGAACGUUGGCAACAUGGCCGUUGUCUGGGACAUGAGUCAAUGGACGCAGGCGUGGCGGACCGACAGUCUGCAGCCGACAGUUCGCUGGAGCGGUACAAGGACCACCACGAGCGGUACGAACAUGUACGGUCGCACGGCGGGCGGUGCAAACCAGUCCGUGACGAAUGGCACCUCAAAUAGUGGCGCAAAUAGCGGCGGUGGUGCUAGUGGUGGUGCCCAGGGACACGAUAAACUGAAAAUUGGCUUCUGCACGGACCUGGAUAAAUCGGUUUUGGUCAACAAUUUCGAGAAACGCGGCUGGCAUCAGGUGAACGGCGAUGAUGAUUGGCAUUUCUAUUGGGCUGGGGUGCAGACCUGCCGGAAUAUAUUCAGUGUGGAUAGUGGUUAUAGGAUGCACGAUAACCAGAUGAUAAAUCAUUUUCCCAAUCACUAUGAACUAUCCCGCAAGGACUUACUGGUCAAGAACAUCAAGCGUUAUCGCAAGGAUCUCGAAAGGGAUGGCAAUCCUUUGGCGGAGAAAACGGAAUCGAACAACUCCAGUGGCACCAGGUAUCUAUAUCUGGAUUUUGUGCCCACCACCUUUGUGCUGCCAGCAGAUUAUAAUAUGUUCGUGGAGGAAUAUCGCAAGUUUCCGCUGAGCACUUGGAUCAUGAAACCCUGUGGCAAGUCCCAAGGAGCGGGCAUCUUCCUUAUAAACAAGCUAUCCAAGCUCAAAAAAUGGUCCAGGGAGGCCAAGGGUCCAUUUCACCCGCAAAUCGCCAAGGAAUCGUAUGUGAUAUCCAGAUACAUAGACAAUCCGCUUUUAAUUGGUGGCAAAAAGUUUGAUCUUCGUCUGUAUGUCCUUGUGGCCUCGUUCAGGCCACUAAAGGCUUAUUUAUUUAAGCAGGGAUUCUGCCGUUUUUGCACUGUUAAAUACGAUACUAGUGUUACGGAACUGGAUAAUAUGUACGUACAUCUGACCAACGUGAGUGUGCAGAAACAUGGUGGCGAGUAUAAUACCCUACACGGCGGCAAGUGGUCUGUGCAAAACCUGGCCUUGUAUCUGGAAGGAACUCGGGGAAAAGAGGUUACGGAUCGCCUGUUUGGAGCCAUAUCCUGGCUCAUAGUGCACUCCCUGCGAGCUGUGGCUCCAGUGAUGGCCAGUGAUAGGCAUUGCUUCGAGUGCUAUGGCUACGACAUCAUUAUAGACAAUGCCUUGAAGCCCUGGCUGGUGGAGGUGAAUGCCUCGCCUUCGCUCACUUCAACCACCGUAAACGACAGGAUUCUAAAAUACAAGCUGAUCGACAACAUACUGUCCGUGGUUUUGCCACCAGAUGGAGUGCCCGAUGUGCGUUGGAACAAGGUGCCCAGUGCCGAUGCCUUGGGCAACUUCGAACUGCUCAUCGAUGAGGAGCUGGCCGCCCAGGAUGAACAGCACCAAAACAGCAGCAGCAACACCCAUAGCAAAACAUCUAAGAUGGGCAGCCGCUGGAAGUGACGAAAGUAGUUUUGGGCAGGGGAAUCGUUGGGUCUUUCAAAGCUGGUUCUUCACAGAACCAGGCUACGAAAUAUUUGUAAAAAUGAACGUAUAGUACUUGGACAACAUUAGUGUUUCUUUGUGAAACCUGUCUUGGGUUACUGGCUUAAAUAAAUACC